UUUGGGGGUGGGGGUCGUGAUGGUGUCCCCCCAACCCGCAGCCGAGCCGUGCCCGGAGCCCACCAUCGUCCCGUCCUAUUACACCACGUCCGACGCCGUGAUCUCUUCCGAGAGCGUCUUCGUGGUGGAGAUCUCCUUGGCCUGCAAGAACGGCGCUCAGAACGUGGCUCUGUACGCUGACGUCAAUGGGAAACAGUUCCCCGUUACCCGCGGGCAGGACGUGGGGAAAUACCAGGUGUGGGGAGGAGUCACGUGGUGUGGGGUCACGUGAGGUCGGGGGGGAGGU